AUGAAGCUCCUGCGGUCAAUCUUCACGGCACGACGGUUCGCCACGAAUUCCGGCCUUAGAUCCCUGGAGAGGAACUUCAAGAUCACCAGACUGAACCAUGUAUCCGUGGCGACCAACGCGGUCGACAAGCAACGAACGUUCUGGAGUGACGUCAUGGGUCUCCAGGUCAGUUCCGAAACCCCGCAACCCGAUCACGGAGUGACAACGGUAUUCGUUUCGUUGGAUAACACGAAGUUGGAACUGCUCGAGCCAAUGGAGAGGUCCCCCAUCAGCGCUUUUCUCAAGCAGAACAAAGACGGUGGAAUGCAUCACCUAUGUCUCGAAGUCGACAACAUCAGAGCCGCAAUGGAGCACGUACAGAAAUGUGGGGUCAGGUGUCUGAAUUCCGAGCCGGAGAUCGGAGCCCACGGGAAGCCAGUGGUUUUUUUACAUCCGAAGGAUUGUGGUGGCGUAUUGAUCGAAUUAGAAGAAGCGUGACCUGAUCCAUUCGGAGGUUCCUGUGUGAUCGGGAGAACGAGAAAUUGCACCCACCCAUCAGUGUGGGGGGAAUGGACUCGGAUAACUUAUUUCAGUGUGGGGAGAAUGUUUUCG